UUCUAGGCGCUGACUAUGCUGAGAAGGUCGUUGUUGAAAUACUGGACGGUGAUGUCCAAGAGUACUACCCAACCACGGACGAGGGCGUCCAGCUCCGCUCGCCAAACUAUCAGACACGACCGGCAAAAUAAUCAGUUCUCAAUUAAAUUACACGGUAAACAAUCUAGAACUGUCCAACACCAUUGCAUCAGAAGGUACUCACAAGCUGCCUCUACUAUAUCAGGUUCUACGGAUGAAGCUGUUUUGCGGUACAAGUACAUCGGACUGAAAAUGGUUGAUCUGUACUCCACAACAGUGCCUGUUAAGUUCAGGGGACAAGGACUUGGCAUGCAACUGGCACAGGCUGCCAUGAAUUUUGUAGUACAGGAGGAUCUCAAGGCACGCGUCAGUUGCUGGUUUGUAAAGAAAUACCUGGAUGAUAAUCCACUUCCUAAAUACAUGGAACGGAUAGUGAAGUGACAGGGCAGAUCGUUGGCCCUCUUAACUUUGGUUUUGAACAAUGAUCUCCAACCUCGCAUUGUAUGAAAGGAAAAGCACAAAAGAAACAACUGUUUAAUCGUUUAUUCGUUAUUUUGGUCCCACGUUAACUAAAUUAUCAUUUACAGACAGGAAUAUACAUGUAUUUAUGGACUAAUGUAGCUUAUGUUUAGUGUUGCUCUGAUACUUUGAGGAGCUUCCUAUAAAUCAUAAAGAUCAGAAUAGUGUGUUUUGGGCUGAGUGCAUUAUUUCUAUUCUGUUUAUUUAAUUCAAAGUAAUAUCAACAGAGAAGUUAAAAUCUUAAGGUUACUAAACAUAGGACACCCAAAUAAUAAAGCCCUGGGUGCAAUACAAUUAGGACCUGGAAAUAACUAAAUCCCUUAGUAUAAUUUACGUAGUUGAAAGGUUCCAAAAUGUUUGCUUUCUUCGUUACUUGUUUCCUCUGGUUGAAAUUUAAAACAGAUUGUAACUAAUUCAAAGACUUACUGUAUUUUAAACACCAUUGCCCUUCUUUGUACCUUGUAUGUUAUGUGCUUCCUUGUAUUAGUUAUUUUAAAUGCCUUAAUUAUAAAUGACUUUUACACCGUGUACUUUAAUGAAAGGUCAUGGACCUGAAAUGUUAGCUGCUUCUCUCUUCACAGUAGCGUUUGUAUGUGCUGAGUGUUUCUAGUAUUCUUGUUUUUAUUUCAGAUUUCCAACGUCCUCAUUAUUUUGCUUGAAAUAUUGUUUGUUCACAUUUUGACUUGCGUGCACUAGAUAUUUACGUUAAUGUACCAAAAUGCUUCAAAAUGUUUAGCGGUUUGAAUGGGAGUUAGGCCUGAACAGAACUAGGAGGAUAGUGACUGAUGGCGUUCUGAGUCAGACAGGCUUUAAAAAGGCUUCUAAACAUGUGGAGAGAUGUAACUAGGCAAGUGAUUUAGGAAGGAAGCUACAGAGUGAGGACAAGUUGAACGAAAACUCUGCCAUUAAUGAUUGAAGAGAAAGAGGGGGAGGAAUGAAUAAUAGACCAGAUUGAUUGAAUUGCUCAUAAUUUCCUACUGUGUUUCUAGAUUUAAUGCUACAAUAUCUGCUUUGAUUUUGGUGGGUUUUCAGACUUUAGGCUGGGUCCAAUUGGAAUUGGAAUUGGAGGAAACAACCGUUAACCAAUGCUAAACAAUACCACUGACACAGAGAUCCAUCCAUGGAGAUGUGGAGUUAUCAUGUCUCCAGUCUAUGAAGUAUUCUGUGAGAUUAGUAUAUUUCACCAGCAAAUGGAAAGUUGGCCACAUCCAGAUUAUGGUUUGGAUUGCUGAAAAGAAUUUCAAAUUUAAGAAAAAAAAUUAAAUACCUUCUUCCCAUCUUGUGAAAGGAUUGCAAAGAACAGCAGCUUUAAUUUGAUAAGCCUUGCUCAGUUGUGGAAAACUAUUUGAUUUCUAUGUCCAUCUCAGCAAUACUGCCAAUUCCACAGGACUUUUGGGUUCAACAGUUAGAAGGAAACACUUGAAGACUCUGGUGUAGAGAUGAACCGAUGUUAUGUAUACUGAGCAAGUUUGAGUGUUUUGUUGUUGGAUCUUUUUUGGUAUUUUUUGCUUUCCUGUGGAGGCGUAGAUAUGCUUUGUAAAUUAAAUUUUUCUGUUUUGAUUUUGUGCUACUACUUAACCUUUAUGAUUUUAAUAAACCAGAUUGAGAGUUUGUAUUCAUAAGCCAUGCAGUUUGAUAUGGCAAUAAUUCUGAUAUCCUACAUGACAACGUGAGUGGGUUUAUGUCAGUUCA